CCAACCCAACCCAACCCAACCCACCAGAUUUGGCUGGGGAUAGAUAGAUAGAUAGAUAGAUAGGGUUUAAUUAAUCAAAUUAAUAAUUACAGAUCUGGAAGAAUAACCACUCUUUCUUUCUUUUUUUUUUUCUUGAUCUUGAUAUUAUCUAUAUAUAUAUAAUUUUUACAAAAUCGAAAGUGUGUAAGAUUCAGAGUGGGGAUAUUUGAUUUAGGGCUUUUUCGUCGGAAACAGGGAAAUCGAACUGUGGUUUUCCCGUUGCAAAAUUUUACAAAUAAAUAAAUUUCGGUGAUAUAUAUUUUUUUCUUAUAUACCGAAAUCUCAAUGUCGUGGGCGGGACCUGAAGAUAUAUAUCUUUCUACUUCUCUUGCCAGCUAUCUUGACAAGAAGCUUCUUGUAUUGCUGCGAGAUGGUAGGAAGCUAUUGGGGAUACUGCGUUCUUUUGAUCAAUUUGCCAAUGCUGUCCUUGAAGGUGCAUGUGAGCGAGUAAUUGUCGGCGAUCUUUAUUGUGACAUUCCAUUAGGUCUAUAUGUAAUUCGUGGCGAGAAUGUUGUCUUAAUUGGCGAGCUGGAGUUGGAGAAGGAGGAACUUCCCCCUCAUAUGACUCGUGUUUCUGAAGCUGAGAUAAAAAGGGCUCAGAAGGUGGAGAGGGAGGCAACGGAUCUGAAGGGUACAAUGAGAAAAAGGAUGGAAUUUCUUGAUAUGGACUAAGAAUACGGUCUAAAAUUCAGAUAUACAGGCUGCUAUGAACCCUGCUGAAGCAGAAUUGCUUUACAUGAUAUUUGAGGUUGUAUAUCUACAAUGUGUGGGUGGUAACUGCUGCAUCUGAUUUAGGAUGAUAGCUUAAGUGGUAUAUUUACAAAGUUUGAGUAGUUACUGCUGCAUUUUGUCGUCAUUUCUUUUCAACUAAACCGUGAAAUGGGUUGUCACAAACUGUUCCUUUGGUCACGGCUAGCCAUUCAGUUUCCAGGUUUUCUCAAACUGUUCCUUUGGUUAUGUACUUUAUUUUCUGGUCAUUUUGUCUGUAACUAAACUAAAACCAUGAAAUGGGUUCUAUUAAACUGCGAAAUGGAAUUUAACAAAUUAUGGUUUUCUUUGAAA